AGAGGGAGACAAACAGGAACUCCGUUAUCAUGGAGAAGGAGGGCUUUCAGCGGACCUUUGAGACACUCCGUCAAGAAAUAAACUUGAUAGAAAUUUGUACUGAUGCUCAUUCCCAAAUAUCAGCCCUCUUCAACAAAAGGAAAAUACAAAGACAGCGGAGUCCACCACACACUGGACGUCUGGCAUGGGUCCAAAAACUUGUGCAAAAAAAAUCAUGCCGCAGGGCAGCAAAAGGGGUGUGCCAUUCUCCAGAUUUGGAAUAAAGACAUUUGCAACCACUUUUGGUACUGCUGUAAGACUGCAGAUACCUAUGAAGAGUUCAUUGACAUGUGGGUGGGACUCCUUCACCAUGUCACAGGAGAACACACAUGGGCCCUUGGUGAGUGUCAACAUGGCCCCUUGCUUGACAGCAGAGAGAAGGAUUGGAUUGAGAGUGGUUCAGUGGCACAUGAGAGGCUGGCCGAAAUUAUUCUGGAUGAACGCUGGCUGAAGGUUGUCCCCAAGUAUCUGCGUUUCAGGUCGACUGCAGAUUUGGAGUCCUUUCACAACCAUGUUCUCAUGUAUGCCAGCAAGCGCUUCAGCUUUUCCCCGCCAGUGUACGCUGCUCGGACCAUGCUGGCUGGCCUAGAUUACAACCACCAUGUCCAUAGACCAGCCAUGAGAAAAGCUGUUACUGGAAGUACAGCAAGCUGUACAACAAGAAGUCCAGGAAGUGGAGAUUGUAUUCAGUAA